AGUCGCGGAAGCGUCGCAAGAUGGCGGAGCCCGAGGAAAGGAAGAAGAUCCCUUUGGUGCCAGAGAAUCUCCUGAAAAAGAGGAAAGCUUAUCAGGCCCAAAAAGCCAUCCAGGCGAAGCAGGCACUCUUGGCCAAGAGAGAGCGGAAUAAAGGAAAAGAACCCCCGUUUAAACGACUCGAGUGGUUCCUGCAUGAUUCCUGGCGGGAGAAGCGGGAUCAAGUGCGCCUCAAAAGACUAGAAGUUAAACCUCAUGGCUUGGAAGCGCCAGAUGACCAUUCCUUGGCCUUCGUUGUACUCAUGCAAAGGAUUAGGGGCGUGAGUUUACAGGUACGGCAGACUAUUUCAAGACUCCGCUUAAAGAAGAUGUUCAGUGGCGUCUUCGUCAAAGUGACUCCUCGCACAAUCAGAAUGCUUCGGACGGUGGACCCAUACGUGACCUGGGGGUUUCCAAAUCUGAAGUCAGUCCGGGAGCUCAUCUUGAAACGUGGACAAGCCAAGGUUAACAAUAAGGUCAUCCCUUUGACCGACAACACGGUGAUUGAGGAGCAUCUGGGGAAGUUCGAUGUCAUUUGCCUGGAAGAUCUCAUCCAUGAAAUUGCCUUCCCGGGGAAGCAUUUCGAGGCGAUCUCUGGGUUCUUGUGCCCUUUCCAGCUCUCGGUGGCCCGCCACGCCACCAAGAACAGAGUGGGCUUCCUCAAGGAGAUGGGCGUGCCUGGCUAUCGAGGGGAACAGAUCAACCAGCUCAUUCGGCAGCUCAACUGAGCCAGGAGAUCGGAGAGCACAAUGCAAAGAAAGCUUGUGUUUUUGUGUUUUGGAACUGUUAAUGUGUCUUCAGAAGAAAUGUUUUUCUGCUUCAGAAGCUGGAGUGGAAGGCACAGUUGGGGGAAAGACGGGGAUGGUCGUGUGUAUGUUUCUUAUCACAGCCCCAGUUCCAAAGAUCUCUGUACAGUUUCCACUUUGACCAUUGCUGCCUAGUCCAUAAUGAAUAAAAGUGCGUGUAAGGGCAUCCUGGCUGGCUAGGGGCUGCAUCCUUCCUCUACCCAAAGCUGCAAUGGGGGACCAUAUUCUCAGAGAGAUAGACACUGUUCUUGGGUGAAGGGUAUUUGAAUAACUGAAGAUAAACACAAAAUGAAGACUCCUGUCUGAGAAGACUUCUGCUUUGACCAUCUUCUAUUCCAGGGCUUGUGUAGGGGAUGAAUCCAAUCGUGCAUAACAAAACAGUGAACCAUGCCCAGGGGCUUAACUGAACCUCAGCAUUUCUGGGGCGUUUCAUUUGUUUGGAGAGAACUUUAAAUAAAAGCACAUAAACUA